AGGAAGGCAGAUGACUGCCUGCCCCUGCCCUGUAGCAAGGAGUUGAUGAAUCAUUUCCUUUUCCAUAUUUUAAUGAAAUUGUGUUGUUCAGAGCUCAUCUAGAGCAUUUUAAUAUUUUGAGCACUUGCACUCUUCACUCUCUUCCUGCAAUUGUCUGAAGGCUGGAUUUUGUUUUUGUCUCCCUCCCAACAGCAGUUACUUGCUCGAAGUGUUGCAGUGAACCACUGCUUUGUGUGCUUGGCUGUUUGGAGGGAAGUUGGGAUGUCAGCAGAGAGAGAUGUGCUGCCCUUAAUUAGAUGGAGCUGGACAGAUCACCAGAGGCCCCAGAACAGCUUAUCUGUGUGCCCCAGAAGGGUGGGACUCACAGAGAUCACAGGCUUUUUACAAUGAGCCAAAGCCAGCCCGCUGACUACAAGGAAAUUUGCUGAGGGUUUCAGCCAUGAGUGCCACAUGGGCUUUGCAAAAGGCAGUGACUGCACCGGUGGGACUGGGCUGGGUCCGGAGCGGCCGCUUCCACUGCUGGGAGACAAGUGGGCAUCACCUCACCCUGGAAAAUCGCUGCUGGUGUUGCAGUGCUGUGCAGCUCUGCUGUCCUGCGUUGUGAACAGCAGGAGCAGGAGGAUGCACUGCUGUUCCUGGACUCUUGGGUUGCAGGUACUCAGUGCCCAGAGCUCCUGAGCUGGGAGUGAGCCUUGAGCCAAGCUCCGCUGGGAUGUGACCUGGGACCGCUCGCUUAAAGCCUUGUCACUCUGCACCUGGCCCCUCUGGGGCACGCUGUGCUUACCCACGUGUUUCAUCUGGUUACUGCAAAGCCUGUAGGAGUCCAAGCUCAUUCUCUUCAAGGCUCAGAGUACACCCUUGUGUUUCCGAGGCAGAGUAAAAGGAAGGCACCAAUUUGUCCGGUUUCAUUUUUUGCCUGGAGUCUUUGCGAUGGAUGACGGAGCAGAGUCUCUGAUGACUGUGCAUCUCCUCACCCAUUUGGGACGCUCAUUCCCUCUGCAGCAAACUCUGGAUCGGCUUCUGGAGUGGCUCUGCCUGGACAUUCGCCUUUUCCUGGUGUCCGAGCGAAUUCCUCCGCUGAGAUACUACGAGAGAUACCGCAGGAGGAGCUGCGGCUUUCCUGGAAUAUCCAUCCUCCUUUUUCUGCACGAGGACUGGGGAGAAGAACGGAUCUUCCAGGUGCACGAGCAAUUCCAGCGCCCUCCCUGGCGCUACCAGCGUGCCCAGUUUGCCAGCGGGCAGAGCCCCCCCUGUGCCCCUUCCCAGCAGGAAUUCUAUGGCCUGGAGGAGCAGCUGCCCGUGUGGGGCAUCAGGCGGGUGCGCCGCGGCCCCGAAAUCCUGCGCGUCACCCUCCACUGCAGCUUCGACAACUACGAGGACGCAGUGCGGCUCUACGAGCUGAUCCUGCGGAAGGAGGGCACUCUGCAGAAGGGCACUCUGUGUGUCUUCGUGCUGCACUCCACCCCGCACGUGGCCGUGCAGCUGUGCCUGAAGCAGCUGCCCAUCGGGGUGACGGCUGAGCCCCCCGACGCGGCAGCCCUGCAGUUCAAGGUGCAGGAAAUCGGGCAGCUGGUGCCCCUCCUGCCCAACCCCUGCGUGCCCAUCAGCAGCACCAGGUGGCAAACACAGGACUAUGAAGGAAAUACAAUUCUGCUCAAGGUUCAAAGCAGCUCCAGGACCCUCGAAACAAACAUCGGGCUUUCUCAGCAGCAUGACAAUACGGCCAGUGGAAGAAUCCCGCAGGACUGCGUGCCAGCCCCUCUCGCUGUAAAACAGGGUGAUCCUGGGCGGAGGAGCCAGGAGGUCAGAGCUCCGAAGGGUAAAACCAAAUCUGCCCCAAGUGAAGCCCUCGCCUCGGAGCGGGCCGGCAGUGACCUCCAGAGGCCCCUGCGCUCCGCUCCCGGUGUCCCAGCCCCGCAGCCGUGCUGGGCAGCGCUGUCGCUGCGCGGGCAGGCGGGCGGGGGGCUGCGGGCUGCUCCCGCCGACAGCCGCGGGCAGCGGGGAACGGAGACCGACGUGGACACCGGGCUGGCCGUGCGGAGCCCCGGCAGCGGCCGCUGCCCGCUGAGCUUGUUCCCCAGCGCCCUGCGGAGCAGCCUCCAGCCGCUGCCAGCCCCCGGGACCGGCACCGGGACCGGCGCUGCCCUGCCCGGCCCGGCGCUGCGAGCCCCGGCCCGGAGCGACAGAGCCGCGCACGGAGCCCCGGGCUGCCCCCCGCGGGCCUGCCCGGCACAGCCUGCAGGGGACGAGGAGCAGGAAUUCUAUAUAUGACCGAAACCAAACGAGCCUGAUGGACUCGUGCUUGCCAAAGGACAGCGGAGCGCUUUUGGAUGUGCUGUGACUGCUGCUGCUGCUCAGGGUGUACCUCUGUCCUGUGACAUCCCACUAGGGGUCACUGAGGCAGACACUGAAUUUCCAUGGAGAGAUGCUGAGGCGGCUGCAGGAAAAAAAAUAACACUGUAUUUACAGAAA